AUGUUGAAGAAGAUAUUUAAAUUAUUAAAGACUACUGAUCAUAGUAGUUAUGAACAAAAGCGUUCUUUAUUAACGAUUGUUCAUCAAGGUUUCGAAGCAUAUCGAACAACAUUUGGAACAAAUCCAGUGCAUUUAAAACCAGGUCUGUAUUUAUCAAUACCUAUCCUGCAUAGAGUACAAAAAAUUGAUAUGCGUGAAGAUGGUCUGACAGUUGAGAAAAUUGAUGCAUAUACGAAAGACAAUGUUCCCGUUCAAUUAUCAGCUGUUUUAUUUUAUCAAGUUAAAAAUGCUUAUAAAGCUUGUUUUGAUGUAGCGAAUUAUCGUACAGGUAUUCGUUCUGUUGGAACAUCAUCACUUCGUUCUAUUGUUGGGCAAUUUGAAUAUGAUCAAAUAAUUGGUGAUCGAAAUAAAAUAAAUAAAGAAUGGUUAGCAGUCGUUGGAAAUUCUAUUGAACACUGGGGUGUACAAACUACAAAAGCCGAAAUACAAUCAUUUGGUCCAUUAGAUGCAGCUGUAGCAAAAACAUUAGAAAAACAAAUGGAUGCUGAACGUGAUCGACGACAACAAGAAUUAAAUACACGAGCAAAAGUCAAUGUUAGUGAAGGGGAAAAACAAUCAACAAUCCUUAAUAGUGAAGGAAACCUAAUUGCAACGAAAAAUUUAGCAGAGGCGAAUUUAGUCACAGCACAAAAACAAGCUCAAGGAAACAGAUAUAUGAUUGAACAAGAAACAUUAGCUCUUACACAACAAUUACAAGCAAUUACCAAAGAAUUAAAUAAUGAUCAUUAUUUAGCUGUUCAGUAUUUAUUAGCCCGACGAAGAUUCGAUGAAUUACAAGCCAUUGCUAAUGGAAACAAUAAUUCAACAUAUUUUAUUAAUAAUCAAACUGAGGGUGUACACAACCUGAAAGUCUUUACAGAUCUUAUCAAAAAAGAUUCAUAA